UUACAGCACUAAAAAGGAAUAAUAGCAAUAUUUCUCCCUGUAAUUUCAGCGAAACAAAUGCCGUUAUUUCAAACACAAGCAUGAGCUUGUUCCUUUCAAAGUUGUGCUGUAAGAAAGAUAUUGACGAGGUCAUUAAGGGUGUUGCAGAAAAGGUCGUCGUUUUGAGAUUUGGGAGAGAUGAGGACGCGGUUUGUCUACAACUUGAUGAGAUCCUAUCCAAGACCUCGCAUGACCUGAGUAACAUGGCAUCCAUUUACCUUGUGGAUGUGGACAAGGCUCCAAUUUACACUCGUUACUUCGACAUUAGCUUUAUCCCUUCCACCGUCUUCUUCUUCAAUGGGCAGCACAUGAAGGUGGAUUAUGGGUCCCCAGAUCACACCAAGUUUGUGGGAAGUUUUAAAACCAAGCAGGACUUCAUUGAUUUGAUUGAGGUCAUUUAUCGCGGAGCCAUGAGAGGAAAGCUGAUUGUCCAGAGCCCCAUUGAUCCCAGAAACAUUCCCAAGUAUGAUCUCCUAUAUCAUGGGAUUUAGACUGUGCCAAACACCACUGUACCCAAUGGGAGUUAGGAGGCAAUAGUUAGGGAACCCUCAGCCACAGGAUGAUGGAAUGCUAAGGUGGUGUGCUUGAUGCUAGAUGUGGUUUGUGUCACAUGUUGUAUGACAGUGCUGUUUCUGUGAUGUCAUACAUACACAGGAAAGUGUGAAUCUAGCAGAGAUACUGCUUUCAUCUUGAACCAAAAAAGAAAAACUCCUGUCCUAGCAGUGUUUCAUAGAAUGAAUACCUCUUGGCCAGAAUUGCACCCUACCAAUGUCAUUUAUGUAUCUGACAUUUCAGUUUUGUUUAACUGUUUCUUAAACAAGAGUGGUCAAACAUGUUAUCAGUAAAUGGGAUUAAAGUUGUUCACUUAAGCAGUCUUGGCCAGUGCAAAUGGACGGAACAGGCCGCCCCAAUUUUAACUUCUGUAUGAAUGUUUCUUGUAAAUGGAAAGCACUAUGCUGUGCUAGAUCAAACUAAACAGGUACUAUGAAAGUGUCACUUGGCAGGUAUGACAACUAUUUUUGACUCUGCAGAAAAAUGGAGGACAGUGAACCUUGUACAUGUAU